ACUUAUCCAUCCUAUCGAUUUAGAGGUACUGCGUCGCGACUCCUCCCUACUUCCGAUCCCUGCUCUGGCAUCCCCGAGGGCUCGCUUUCUGCGCAACACCACUCGUGGUUAUGACCAGCACUCGGUUGCAACUUGACGGUUCUCCGUAUCACUCAACAUGAGUAUUGCGUGGGAAUGCCGUGAUCAGGCCGAUCAGGCCGAGAUAUACUAUAACCAUCCGCUGCGUGCUAAGGUUAGACGCCUCGAAGACGAGAAUCUGAACCUAAAGCGACUGCUUCGAGAGAAUGGCAUCUCGUGGCAGAUUCGCCCCAAGCUCUCUCAGAAGUCGGUGACCCGAGUAACCCGCUCCUCCAGCAAGGCCCAAUCCGCCUCCCUUCCGCAUCUUCCGGUUGAGGUCCAGCUCCGGAUCCUCUCUUACGCGCUAACUAGUCCUCAUGCCAUUGUUGACCCGCUUUGCAAGCUCAAGCAAGAGCAUAUGUCAACGCGGGAGAAAUCCAGGACUCAUUUCCUGGCCAUCCACUUCCUCGCUACCUGCAGGGCUUACUAUAUCGAAGGCACCAAGCUUCUAUGGACCAACAAUUCUUUCAUAUUUACUUCCCCUGAAGCGCUGAGGAAUUUUGCCGAGAUCGACCUCAACUUUCGACGCGAGAUCAAGGAGGUCAACUUCCGCGUCAUUGCCAGGUUCUACGAUGACGAGGACCGUACCCACCGAAUUGACCGCCGUCAUCACCCUGACAUUAGAAAGCCCAUCACUUUGACUGUGCACCGACGCCCCAAAGAGAACACGUUAGCUCGCCGCGGUUUUCGAACGUACGGUUGGUACCAGCUCGUCGACUUUUUAGCAGCACUGCUACCCCCUUUUGAUCCUUCGUCUAUCACCCCGUGCGUGGCCUCGACAAUUCCGAGCCCUACUCCGCCGCCCAAGUUGCUUCCGUCUCUGGAGAAACUUCGUAUUGAUUUUGUCAACUUCGGCGAGGACCUGUUCAACCACCCGCCCCCCCAGCUGCACGAGCUCGCCUCUCACCAGUUCGGGUGCACCCUAAACGAGUUGGUCUUGACCGGUCUCCCUAACGACGAAACCGGCCUUCGAGUAAGUAGCGAACUAUCCGGCCUCUUAAAGGACGAGGGCCUUCUCAUCGACCACGCCCCAACCAUGGUUUCUCUCAAGAACUUUCUGCGCCCCCUCAAUUGUGAUACGGUCGGAUGUCACUACUCGGCCAAGGUAGUUCGAGGAAUGCGAACGGUUAGCGAGCAGCAAUACCACGAUGACGUCCACGCCCAUUUCUUCGGCGUCGAUUUCCCGCCCGCGCCAGAGGACGAGGGCGAGCCGCCUUACUCCCCCUUCCACUCGUGCCGAACCAUCUGGAAGAAGGUACCGGUGAGGCUUGACGACGGUGACGAGCGCAAGUGGGAGCUGUUCGACAGGAUAAGCGGGUCGCCGUGGACCGAAGUCGCGGAAGACGUGACUUUGUUCGACCACGUUCGGGACAACGAUUUCAUGGUCUGCGACAACUGCGGCGAGACGCACCCCGGAGCCAUCAUUCCCAUGGACAUGAUGGAUCUCUACGACGAGGACCUGUGAACAAUACACACCCGCAUAUACUCUGAGGACUUGGCCCCCUUUCCCCCCUCCCCGACACAGUUGUACAACUAUUACGAACGACGC